AUGAAAAAAGCACAAAAUAAUUAUACCAAUAUGCAAAAGGAAGAAGAAAAUAAUAUUUUAUUAAAAUUGAAUGACAAACCAAUUUCAAAACAGUUAAAAUAUAAAAUAGCUCCUGAAUAUUUUUUAUUAAAUAGAAAAGAUGAAAAUGAUAAAUAUUAUAUGGUAAAAAAAACAGAUUGCAUUGAAAAUAAAAGACAGUCACUGAAUAUUAAACACACAAAAAUCAUAUUGUGUGAAGACAUAAAAAAUAGAGCCAAUUCUUUAAAUUAUGGAAGUGGUUAUAGUAAUAUUGAUAGACGGGGAAGCAACAAUAUAUCCUAUUUAAUGAAGCACAAUAUUCCUUUAAAAAAUUAUCACAAAAAUAAAGGCGAACAAAAGUGUACUCAUCGAGAAAUGAUGAAAAAUGAAAAUAAAGACCAAAUAAAAAAUGAGCCCAAUAAAAACAAUGGUAUUUUCUCUACUUUAUUAAAUAAAAAUAAAAAAAUUAUUUAUAGUGAUAAAAAAAAAAAUCAAUUUUUUUUUCCAAAAAAGAAAAAAGACAAGAGGCAAAAGGAACAUUAUAAAAGUAAUUUUGCAAAAAAAAACAUUGUAAAUUUAUUGAAAAAAUCUUCAAGAAAACUUCUUGGGUCUGGUGAAAAGGUGAAUAUUCUGAAAUUUUUAUUUUUGAAAAUAAAAAAAAAAGAUGAUCAAAUUAUAAAUAAAAAUAAUGAUUUGUUAAUUAAUUUAAAAAAAGAUGUUUCAACAGAUUCUUAUUCCCAACAUAAGGACAAUUCUAUUCCUUUGAAAGACAAAGAAGACAAGCAUGUUGAAAAAAAAGUACGAAAUUCAUUUUUAAAAAGUUAUAAUGAACACAAUAAGCGGCAUUCAAAGAAUAAGAUAAAAAUUAUUUCUAAUCUUUUGAUAAAUGAUAAUAAUACAAAAAGUUGUAGAGAAAAUUAUAACAAUACAAAGGAAAGGAUGGAAUCAGUUUCAAAAAUAACUGAAAAGGAAUAUGAAAGUAAAAAAGUAAGUUCUAAAAUUAUGAAAAAUUAUUUUUCACGUAAAGAUAAUAAAAAGAAAGAAUAUUAUGAAUAUGGUAUGUUAUAUGAUGAGAGGGAUGCAGAAAUGAAUAAAAUACCUUUUAUCAGUCGAACACAAAAAAUGCGUAUUAAACCCGAAGAUAUUAUAAACAUUAAUAAAAUAAAAAAGAAUAAUUCAAAAAAUAAUAGUGAAAAAAAUUAUGCUAAAAAUAAUAAUUCAAAUUAUAAUCUAGAUUUAUUAGAAUAUUGCUUAUUAGACAUUAAUAUCAAAAGAGACGAUUUUUUGAAUAAGAAUAAAAGGAAUUUAUCUGAAAUUAUACCAAUUAAAAGAAAUAAAAAUUAUAUAAAUUCAUAUGAUGAUAUUAAGGGAAAAAGCUGGGAAUUUGUUAAAAAAGAGAAACGUGGAAAAAGUGAUAAUAGUCACUUAAGUAUCAAAAACGAUCAUUACGAUUGUUUAUAUCAUGGAAAUAUAGUUUUAAAAAAAAUCCCCAAAUUAACAAAUGGUGUGAAAAAUGUGCACCUCAAUGAAGAAUGUAAUACAAAAUCUCAUAAAAAAUAUAAUAGAAAAAAAGAAUUAAAACUUUUUAAGUACAAACUGAAUAAAGCAAAAAUAAAUAAACAGGCUAAAAUAUAUAAAACAGAUGAAGUACAUGAAGAUAUAGACAACAACAAGAUCCGCACAAUUUUUAUAGAUGAAGAAAAUGACAAAAAAUGGAAUUACUUCAGCUGGUUAGGAGAGGAAAAAAACAAUAGUAUAAAUCAUAGAAGAUCUAAUAAUUAUAUCGAUUCUUCAGAUUAUAAAAGAAAUAGCAAAGAACUGAAAUAUUGCAAUAAAAAUGGCGGAUUAAAUAAUAACAUAAAGAAAAAAUAUGAAUCUUAUUCAGAUUCCAAUUUUACAUAUGAUAAAAACAAAAUAAAGAAACAGAGAAAAAAUGUAUUUCAAUAUAUAUAUGAAAAAAAUAAAAAGAAAAAAGAAAACCAAAAAGGUUUAAAUAAAAGUGAAACUCAAUCAGAUAAUGUUAAAAAAAAAUAUAUAUACCCCAUUAGUUUAAGUAUAAAUAAAGAUAUCGAAGAUUCGAUAAGAACAAAAGGUAAUGCAACAAAAAAUGUGGACAAAAAAAAAUUUUUUGAAAAAAAGAAUGUGAAAAUACAAAAUUUUAUAACCAAAGAUGAAUUAUUUGAUAUGUGUAGAAAAGAGGAAAAUUGCUUAAAAAAUGAAGAAAAAAAGAGCGACAAAGACACAACGAAAAGCGAUCAUUUUGUAAAAACACGUAAUUUAAACACUCCAUAUAAACUAUUAGACAUAAAUAGUAAAGACAAAUAUGGGGGUAAUAUUAAAAUAACUGAAAAAGGUAUUAAACAUGAUAUACGAAAAGACGAAACAAUAACACCAGAAUAUUACAUAUUAUCAAAUACAAGAGAAAUAAAAAAUGAGAAACCCAAUGGAAACAUGAAAAAUAAAUCGAUAAAUGAGAAAAAUGUAGAAAUCGAAAAAUGUACUAAUAGUAUAGACCAAAAAAUAAACAAUAAUGAAGAGUAUAACAAAAACAGCUCGGGUGAUAAGGUGAACAAUGAAACAAAAAAUACCAGUAUAAUAGAAAAGGGCAAACAUAAUGGAUUGAAAAUUUCUGAGAAAAUCCCUGAUUUAUUAAAUAAUGAGAAUAAGUUAAUUACUAAAAUAAAUAAGAAUGAUAUUAACUCAAGUAGGUAUAAUAAUGCAAAAGAUGAUAAAAAUUCAAUCUAUGAUGAUCAUGUAUCAUACACAAAUUUGGAGUUUAAUAUUAAGGAUCUGAUUACUAGCGUUUCUAAAGAGGAAUGCGAUGUCAGUAAUGAUUAUAAACAUGAGAAAAGAAAAAAGAACUACUUGAAAACAGAUGGUGUAACAAUUAUAGAUAAAUGCAAAGAGAAUGCAAAAAAUACAAAUAAAAGGGAUAGGAAAAAAAAUUUUUCGUUUUAUUUUAUGAAAUUUAGAUAUUUUCGAUAUUUCUUUUUGGAAUAUAAAAAAAAGCAAAAUAAUGUAAUUCCUAUUAACGAACAUAGACCAAACAAAGUUUUUAGAAAAAAAAAGAAAAAGUUUAAAAAAAUUAGCUUAUUAAACUUAUAUGAAAGGAACAAAAUAUUGCAAACUUGUGCGAAUAAUAAUUAUAUGAAUACAAAUAAGGAACACUGUAAUUUAGGUGAAUUCUUAUUGGGUGAACAAAAGGGAAAAAAUAAAGGAAGAAAAACUGUUGUUCUCGAUUUAGAUGAGACACUUAUUCACAGUAGUCUACGAAAUGAUAAAGGAAAUUCUUUUAGAAUUAAUAUUGAACUGGGUAACGAAAAAUGCUUCAUAUAUGUGAAUAAAAGACCAGGUGUAGACUAUUUCUUUCAAGAGAUAUCGAAGUAUUACGAGAUAGUAAUUUUUACGGCGAGUAUGCCAAAGUAUGCAAAUGCAGUUAUUGAUAAAUUGGAUGUCAAUAGAGUUUGUUCUUAUCGACUAUUUAGAGAAUCUUGCACACUUUGGAAUAAUAACUAUGUAAAGGACAUACGAUUGCUUGGGAGAGAUUUAAAGAAUGUUAUCAUCAUUGAUAAUUCCACAUACGUUCAAAAAUUUUGCGCAGAUAACUGUUUCUUAAUAAAAAGCUGGUUUGAUGAUCCCACGGAUACAGAGUUAUACAAAUUAAUACCCUUUCUAAAAGGAAUAUCAAACAAGGUAUCAAUUGUAAAAGAAUUGAAGGAAUAUAAAAAAUUGGAAAAGAAGAAAAGAAAUGUUAUUAAAAACAUUUAA